CUUGUUAUUGGAACGUUGCGGUGUUCAAGCAUCGAGUUACCGUUCCGUGCAACAAAAUUUCUAUACGUACGGCUUCGCGGUGGGCUAUGGCUGCGUCUUGAAGAAAAUUCCCACAAUGUAAAUGCCACGCAUAAUGGACGAUAGUGGUCGCUGCGCUUUCAAUAACAAAAAUCGUGGCCCAAUGACACGCGGGUGUUAUUUUUUACGUCUAUGAAUACAAUUGUAAAUAACACCAGCCGCCUGAUACCCUACAUAUUGAUGAGACACACACGCAUACAUACGUAACCCGCGUUGUACGUGUGAUGCGAGAAAAAGCAACUGGGCGCUAUUGAUAACCAAGGUUCAACUUUCCAUCGAUGGACAAUCAGGCCGCCGCAACGUGGUCGAAUGGGUCAACGCCGACGGAAGCCACGAAUUAACCUAACGAACCGGAGAGGAUUCUGUCGAUCAUGAACGCGAGGACGCAACUUUUUGAGCUCAGCAUGGAGGGGCGUCAGGUGGACGAAGCAGUGGCUGGAAUAUUCCAUAGUGUCCUGUUCCACAGGAGUUUAGGAAAAUUCAAAUACAAACAAGAAGGAAGCUACUCGGUUGGGACGGUUGGUUAUCAGGACGUCGAUUGUGAUUUUAUAGACUUUACGUACGUCUGUUGUUCGUCAGUGCUUCUUGACCAAACUUUGAAACGAGAAAUAUCCGGCUUCUCAGAGGCACUCAGGUCUAACGACGGACCUGGGUCGGGACAGAUAUCUCUAGAAUUUUUUCAGAAGAAAAAAAAUCGCUGGCCGUUUCAGCCCGAGUGUAUACCCUGGGAGGUAUGGACAGUCAGACUGGAGCUGAUAAAGCUAGUCACCGAACACGAGAGGCAAAUAUGUAGGGAGAAAGUUGGCGACCUACUUACGGACAAAAUAUUGUACAUAACCGAAGUUAUGAAUCGACAUGAUUACCUACCAAAAACGCCUAAUCAGGCUGAGCUAGACCUCAUAUUCGACACCUCAUAUCCGGACAUCCAACCAUACUUAUUUAAGUUAUCGUUCACCACAUCUGGACCUUCUAGUACGACAAUGGGUAACACUAUGAAAAAAUUAAUCAAAGAGACAUUGUCCAUAUAAUAAUAGUUCACGAUCUUAUGCAACAUUUUUUCUAUUCGACUUUGGCAGUGGAUUGGGGAAUCAAAUUCAUAGAUAUAAAACUGGUGUGAUUGUUACGCCUCGGUCUCCGGCAAAACAAUCGUUGAAUGGCCAAACCGAGCAGACGAACUGUAUGAAAUUGAGGUUUAAGCUCUUUAUUCUAAGUACGUAUUGAUGAACUCUAGUUAUGGUUAAUAUUGGAAAUAAAUUUAGGUUGUUUCUUUUGUGUUCUUUUUUUCACUAAUAUUAAGAUUAAAUGAGAAAAUGUGGCAGGUGGCAUAAUGCAGCUGAUCGUGAUACAGCUUGUACCUACGUAUAACUUGGUGUUUUAUCAAACAGUACGAGAAGAAUUGUAAUGGAAAGGUCAAUUUAUAAUUUAUGUAAUAUAACGUAAAAUUAUUAUUACUAUAUCGUCUAGUAGAUAAUAUUAAUGAUAUAUUAAAAUUACAAAUGAGAUUUUGAAUAAGCACUUUUAAGUUUAGUGGGAAUGUCAUUUUUUACGUCAUUUUUCCGUUUGCGAUUUUCAUCGAAAAAAGAAAAUCUCCCCGGCCUCUGCUCUCUUUUUUUUUUUUAAUUUAACAGUCAUUUUCAAAGAUUGUUAUAACAGUUUGCGAGACCAGCUAAGCAGGGAGAUUUUUUUUAAACAACGUGACUACUGCUUGUGGAAUUAUUAUUAUUUAUAAAUAUAGUAGAUUAUAAAGAAACAUAACAAAUUAAACUUUAAGUCAAAUGUCUCAACCCUAUGUCGAAAGAAAAGAAGAUGCACUAAUGUUCUCGCAGUUGAUAUUGCUAUUAUAUUAAUUUAAUUUCCUUGUCUGUGAAUCAAUCGUGCGUGCAAUAUAUUAACACUGUGUACGACCGGAAAACUAUUAUUAUAGACAAGCGAAGAUAUAUUAUUUAUUUCGUGUUGUCUCCUUUAUGGCCUGCUCUUGUUGCUCGAAAAAGCCUGGUGAUAGGCUUAAACACUUUUAUUAAUGUAGCUACUCAAUACUAUAUUGAUAACAGAAUAGAUGCUAGCAUAUAAUAGUAACUGAUUUAGGUAAUAUACAAAUUUUUUUCGCCAAUAGUGAUCCAUUCGUAAUUUAAACGGCCCUCGCAACCUGUAUAUGUGUAAAAGUAUUCUGUUUUUCAUUUUCAACUUUGUUCCUUCUCAACUUUGGGAGGAAACAAUUAAGACCGUAAAAUUUACACUUGACAAUGAUUUUAAAACUUGUUAAAUAACAGCAGUUUUAAUGUGAGAGAAAACUAGGCUCGUUUUUAGGCUGUCUCUCUUCUCUUUCUCGUUUCUUUAAUUUACAACGGGUACAUGUGAGAAUAUGUUUGAAAAGAAGAAAGGAAAAACAUGUAUCCGCCUUGUAAAAGAUAUCAUUUGGAAUAUGAAGAAAAACUAACGAAAUAAAUUGAGGACAGAUUAUUCUUAA